AUGAGCAUGAGCGUGCUUCCGCUUUUUCAUAUUUGCUCAUCCUUUCAACUAAAUAAUUGCUUAGACCCAAAAAAUGUAUAUGAAAACUUUAUUUGCUCUGUGUGCUUAGAUUUAUGCGACACCCCUGUAACAACUGCAUGCAAUCACAUAUGCUGUUACAAGUGUAUGUAUUAUUCUUUGCUUCAUAGAAGAAUUUGUUCAAUAUGCAAAAAAGUAAUUAAAUAUGAUGAAUUGAAAAAAAUAUCAGGAAAAUUAAAAAAAGAAUAUGGGCAAUUAAGAAUAAAAUGCUCAUUAUGUAAUGAAAAAAUAAGAAUGAAAAAUCAUAAAAAACAUUUGAGUGUGUGCAAAUACAAAAAAUGUAAAAAUUAUAUAUUAGGAUGUGAAUAUUUUAAUGAAAAAGAUAAAAUAGAAAUCCAUGAAGAAACUUGUGAACACAGAUUAAUAAAUUGUUCAAGUUGUUCUAAUCUGUUUCAUUAUAAAAAUAUAGUUUUUGUAUUAUCAUUAAAAGAUAAAUAUGAACUUAAUAUAAGAUCCCCAUACACAUAUUAUUCAUAUUAUUAUAACUUAUUAUUAAAUACAAAUUUUAAUUUUUUUAGUUAUAGUUACAGUAUAAAUAAAAAUAUACUUAGUAAUAGUUAUAUAUCUCGAAAAAUUCAGAUUUUUAAAAAACUUCAAUCUAAUUUAGAUCGCCAGUUAUUUUCUAUUAAUGAUAAAAAUCGUUUGCCUCUCCCAAUAAACAGAAACAUUCCUUUAAAUGUCUGUAAUCAUAAUACAUAUUAUGGAGAUAACAAUAUCAAUCACACAAAUAAUCGUGAGCAUAAUAUAGUUGUCGAAAAUAAUGUAAAUGCAAAUAAUAAUUAUCCGAAUUUGCCUGAAGGGGAGUCAAAUAUACCAAAUACACAAUCUACAUCCAACAGGAAUACUCACCCCCCCAUUAAUAAUAAUGCUAACAAUUUUUCUAUAACAACAUUCUUACGGAAUAAUGCGGAUUUUGAAUUGAAUAUAGCAAAUGGUAUUGAUGAAGGUAACAUUGAGAUAGUAACCAAUUUUAGUGAUUCUAUUGGUAUUCGUAGAUUCGCUGAUAUUAACCGUUUUAAUGAUGGUGAUCAUAAUUAUAUAGACAAUAAUAAUUUUAUUAGGGAUUAUAGUGAUGUAGAACGGAUAGGGGAAAAGAAAUAUCUCUGUGGAGAAUAUCAUAUGCGCGAAAAAAAUAGACACUUAGAAAAAGAUAUUUCAUAUUGCUCUUCAGAAGAUAGUGGUAAUGAAGAGACAAGUGCUGAAGAAUGUUUAGAUAUACUACCAUUAAGAAAAACAUACAAUUUUAAUGAAAAAAAUAGUAAAGAUACAUUAAUUAUAAUAAAAGAAUUAUUUCAAUUUGAUAAUGUUGAUUUGAGUAGCAUUUAUAUUGAUAAUAAAGAUAUAUUUCUUUGUAAUAAAAAAUGUUUUAUUAAUACAAUUAAAAACCUUAAAGAUGAAUUAGAGAAAUCUCUAACUCUAUUAUAUUUUUCGUGCUGCAUUGGAAUGCCAAUAAUGUUUUCACUUGGAUAUAUGAGCUUUCUUACAACUAAGGGGAUUUUUAAAUUUUCCUUUUUGGUAACCACUACUUUGAUCAAUUUAUCGCGUAGAAUUUUCAAUCAUUUAUUCAAACACUAA